AGCAGCAGCAGCAGCAGCAGCAGCAGCAGCAGCAGCAGCAGCAGCAGCAGCAGCAGCAGCAGCAGCAGCAGCAGCAGCAGCAGCGUGCGUGUGCGUGCAGGUGACCUCGCGCCUCAAAAUGCGGCGAAGACCCGAAACCCCUCCCGCAGUGCUGCGGCUCGACGGCGAGGGUUUAGACCUUCGCGGGGUUUGGGUAGAUGGCAAAGAAAUCCCGGGGGGCCCCCACCAGGGGGGCCCCCCGGGGGCCCCCCAGGGGGCCCCCCAGGGGGCCCCCCAGGGGGGCCCCCCGGGGGGCCCCCCCCAGGGGGGCCCCCAGGGGGGGCCCCCCGGGGGCCCCCGGUACAGCGUGGACGCCGAGGGGGCCCUGUACCUUCCUGCUGCAGUGCUGCCAGCAGCAGCAAACGAAAGCUUCGAAGUGAAAACCCUAGUGGUUAUAAACCCUCGCAGCAACUUGAAACUUUCUGGACUUUACUUGACCAAUGGUCUUCUUUGUUCGCAGUGCGAAGCAGAAGGGUUUAGGAGGAUUACCUUUUUCCUGGACAGGCCCGACGUCACGGCGGUUUACAAGGUGCGGCUGGAGGCGGACAAGGCCCAGUACCCUACUUUGCUCAGCAACGGCGACCUCAUAGAAGAGGGGCCCCUCGAGGGGGCCCCCCAAAGACACUUUGCUGUUUUUUCGGACCCUUUUCGAAAACCCUGUUAUCUGUUUGCUGUUGUUGCGGGGCCCCUCGAGUGCAUUCGAGACACUUUUACCACAAAGGUCCCAAA